AUGAAUCGAAGUCCAGUGAAUCCAACCCUUCUCAAAUCAGUUCUUAAAAUCCAUCACUUGUCAAACGCUGCUUUUUCAUCCCUACAGACUUUACCCAAUUCUAAAACAGAUUCAUUCCUAAACCCACUCUACAAUUUUCUCCCUCACACCCAAAACCCUAGCAAAAUCGUUGAUACUAUAUGCACAAAUCUCAAAGAAAGAAGAACCGCUCUUCUUGAGAAAGACAUGAUCCCUCAUCUGGGGACCGAAGAAGUCUCAAGAGUUCUUCUUAGAUGCCAAUCUGAUCCGUUUGCAGCUCUUACCUUCUUCAAUUGGGUUAAAAACGAUCUAGCGUUUCUCCCAACUAUUCAUAACUAUUGUCUUAUGUUGCAUAUAUUAGCUUGGUCUCGCAAGUUUCCACAGACAAUGAAGCUUUUCUCCGAGUUAAUAGAGCUCAACAGGAAUAAACCUGAAAAGGCAAGUAUUUUUGAAAAUUUGGUUCUGUGCACCAAAGAUUGUAGCUGGGAACCAGUUGUAUUUGAUAUUCUUCUCAAGGCAUACCUAAAGGCUGGUUUGGUUCGCGAUGGUUUUGUUACUUUUAGGAAGAUGUUGAAGCUUGGUUUUGUCCCAAAAAUCAUUUCUAUCAACUUUCUUUUAGAUGGGCUUUUGAAGUUGGAUCGAAUCAAUGAAUGCUGGGGAAUUUAUGAAGAAAUGGGGAAAAUCGGAGUACGUGGUAACACGUUUACUUUCAACAUAUUAACUCAUGUUAUAUGCAAGAGUGGUGAUGUUGAUAAGGUGAAUGGGUUCCUAGAGAAGAUGGAAGACGAAGGAUUUGAUCCUGAUAUUGUCACAUAUAACACAUUAAUAGAUAGCUAUGUCACAAGAGGACGAUUAAAAGAUGCACUCUAUCUUUAUAACAUCAUGUGUAUAAGACGUGUGAUGCCAGAUUUGAUUACUCAUACAUCUCUGAUAAACGGGCUUUGUAAACAAGGUAAUGUAAAGGACGCUCAUAAGUUAUUCCACAAAAUGAUUCAAAUAGGGAUAAACCCAGACAUAUACUCAUACAAUACUCUUAUAUGUGGUUACAUUAACAAGGAAAUGAUGCAAGAAUCACGCAUGUUGCUUCAUGAAAUGAUCAGAAAAGGGGUCACCCCUAACAAGUUCACUUGUUUAGUACUUAUAGAAGGAUAUAAAAAGAAAGGAAUGUUGAUUUCAGCUGUGAAUCUUAUUGUAGAGCUUCAAAGAUUUGGAAUAUCAGUAUCUAGAGAUCUUCAAAUUGAUCUAGUCAUUGCUUUGUGCCAGGUGGAUAAACCUUUUGCAGCCAAGAGUCUAUGGGAACGCAUAGUGAAAGAUGGUGAAGAAACUUGUAUGAUUAAAAUCUACAAUGAAUUGAUCGUUUCAUUUUGUAAAUCUAAUUAUGUAAAUGAGGCUAUACAGAUAAAAGACGAGAUGUUUUUCAAGAAUGUGAACCCAAGUUUUGUCACAUAUGGAGUAAUCAUAGAGUGUUUGUGUAGACUAAAAAGAACCAUGGAGGGUGAAGCUUUCAUGAGGGAUAUGAUUGAAGUAGGCAUCCAGCCUGAUAUGACAAUAUUUAAAUCUUUGAUUUUUGGGUAUUGUAAAGAGAAGAAUCUGAAUCAAGCUGAGUCAUUAUUGAUCUUGUUUGCAGAAGAGUUUCAAGUAUGUGACAAUGAAUGCUAUAAUGAGGUUUUUAAAGGGUUUUGUGAGAAAGGUGAUAUGGGUAAGUCAAUGGAAUUUCAGAAAAGGAUGCAAAAGAUUGGAUUCACUCCAAAUAGUCUGAGUUUUAAGUACGCAAUUGAUGCCCUCAUUGUCAACUCUAGCAUGAUUCAUACAUAUUAA